UUUUUUUUACGGUUUUAUUUUUCCUCUAUUCCGUUAGAAAGUUAUUUUGGCCGUAGAAUUAUUGAAGCAAAUGUGAUAGUUAUUGACGAAAUUACUAUGCUUAAUAAGACUGUUUUUGAAAAUGUUGAUAUUUUGUGCCGUACUUUAAUUCCCCAAUUUAAAGAUACACCUUUUGCUGGAAAGACAGUAAUUAUUUCUGGUGACUGGAAACAGUCUUUGCCUGUGGUUAGAGAAUCCUCGGCUCCUGGAGCACAAGUUGCUGCCUCAAUUCAGUCUUCUGAUUUAUAUAAAAUGUUUGAAAAACAUAGACUAAUGCAAAAUAUGAGAGUAAUUCCGGCGGAAAUACAGUUUAAAGAUUGGCUAUAUAGUAUAGGAACAGGUCAGGUGGGCGAUUCUGUAAUGCUUCCCUUAGCUAUGCGAGUUAAUUCUAGACAAGAAAUGUAUAACUUUGUAUUUAACACAGGCUUUGAUGCACCAGUUCAUGAACUUUUAAAACGUUUAAUUCUUUCUCCGACAAAUAGGAUUGUAGAUUUAAUUAACGAUGAAAUUAUAGACGUAAUAGAUUCACCAGUUCAUAUAUAUUUAUCGCGAGAUAAUCCAACAAGCGAAAACCCGUUUGCGUAUAACUUGGCUGAUUAUGACGUAGUUCAAUUAAAUAGACUUACGCCAAUAGGAAUGCCCGCCCAUAAUAUAAAGCUUAAGGUGGGAGCAAUAAUAGUAUUAUUACAAAAUUUAAAUACUCAAAAAGGUUUAUGUAACGGUACCAGAAUGAUAGUUAGGCGUUUACACCAAGAUUUGAUAGAAGCAGAAACUGUUAGUGGUUCCUCGGAUCGCGGUAUUAGAAUUGGAAUAUGUCGUGUAAGAAAUAGUUAUAAAGAUCUCAGACCUGAUCAAGUUAGUUUCGAGCGAUUUCAAUUCCCUGUAAGAGUAGCGUUUUGCAUGACUAUAACUAAGGCCCAAGGGCAGACAUGUGAACGUUUAGGUAUUGAUAUUAGCGAUGAACCUUUUGCGCAUGGGCAAACUUAUACCGCGUUUUCAAGGUGCAGAAGUGGGGAAAAUAUCAGAGUUUUCGCACCUGGGAAAAUACCCGAUAAUAAUGGGAAUAUUUUUAUGAGAAAUGUAGUAGCUAGAGGAAUCCGUUUUGAUUAGAUUUUUUAUAUAGUAGAAAGAAGAAAUGAAAUUAAAAUUUUUGUUAAAUUCUCUUAGG